UUUUUCUAUGCAUCCCCCUCUCUAUUUCUCUCUUUCACACUCAUUCAUUCACUUUCUCUGUCUUUCUAUCUCUCUCAUAUUCACACAACAACACAGACCAAGAUACAUCAGCAGCAGUGACUGUACAACUCUACAGCAGGAUACACAGCUCAGCUAACGUUACACUGAGAAAGAUUUAACAGCAACGAUUUAUGGUAAAUGCUAAUGCCUUGCUUCUAAAUAGAAAUAAAUAAACAGAAAUAUAAUUUAUAUAUAUUUUUUUUACUGAUUAUGCUGGCAGUAGUGUGGCCAAAACUUACAUGGAUUCUUAUGGCUUUGCUGAAGCUAUCCUGUUGUGCUGACAUCAUUUUUCAUGUUAAAGAAGGCAGAUAUCCUGGUGAAUAUGUUGGGGACAUAGCCACCCAUAGACUUUUGUUAGAAAGCAUUCCAUUGCGAGAACACAAUCUACUUACAUUCAGUCAGCUGCAUGAAAGUUUGAGUGGGAAAUCUCAGCUAUUCAACCUCACCAAAACAGGAAAACUUUACACAGCACUGACAUUAGAUGCUGAAUCCUUUUGUAAAUACAACACUGAAUGUUCUGCUGUUGUUGAAGUAGCUGUUCAGAAGGAGGAUUCUUUUGUGAGGAUUAUAGAAGUUAAAGUCAUUGUCGAUGAUGUUAAUGAUAAUCCACCAGAAUUUCCAGACAAAACAGUUAAUCUCCAGUUUUAUGAAACUGACGGUAAAGGAACUGCAAAAUCAAUACCAAAUGCUAAUGAUCGAGAUGUUGGAGUUCUGAAUUCCCAAAUUACAUAUCAGUUAGCUGACAAUGUGAAUGAAACUUUCAAGUUAUCGGUAUCAAAAAAGUCUGUGGGUAAAUCUAAACUUGAGAUUAUUUUAAAGAAAAAACUUGAUAAAGAGAUUCAAGAUAAAUAUGUAUUGAGAGUCAUUGCCAGAGACAGUGGCUAUCCAACUAAAGAAAAUACACUUAAUGUUAUUGUAACUGUCACUGACCAAAAUGACAAUGAACCUGUUUUCACCAAGAAUGUUUAUAAUGUUUCUGUGAGAGAAGGAUACCACACAAAUGAAGCCAUUGUUAUGAUAUCAGCUAAAGAUUUAGAUUCAGGUGAAAAUGGGAAUGUUUCUUACAGCUUCAAUAGUGAUACCACAAACCUUACAAAGUCUUAUUUUCAGUUGAAUAGAGAGACUGGAGAGAUUUUUCUUAGUAAAAAUUUUCCAUUUGAUAAAAGACAAACCUAUAAGAUUUUCAUUGAUGCCACAGACAAUGGCAGUCCUCCAUUGAGUUCUACAGCAAUUGUGCUAGUUAACGUGUUAAACCAACAGAACAAUGCUCCAAGGAUUGAUGUGAAAUUUGUCUCUAAAUCUGAUGGAAAUAUUGUUACUAUAUCUGAAGGAGUGAAAGUUGGUAGCUUCAUUGCUUACGUGAAGGUCAUUGAUAAUGACAGUGGCCAUAAUGGAGAGGUUGAUUGUAUUCUAAAUCACGAGAAGUUUAUGCUUCAAAGUCUGGGGAAAAAUAAGUAUAAAGUUGUUCUCAAAAGUCUAGUUAAUAGAGAAUUAGAAAGUCACAUGGAUUUAAGUAUUGUCUGUGAAGAUAAGGGAUUUCCAUCCUUAAAGACAGAGAGAAAAUUUUCCAUAGAAGUGAUGGAUGUCAAUGAUGUACAACCAUAUUUUACAAAAAGCACGUUUAAAUUCUUAACUUACGAAAAUGAAGAACCCAAUUUUCCCGUUGGGUUUAUCAAUGCUACAGAUCCUGAUUUAGGUCUGGGAGGACAGCUAUCAUAUUCUUUGUUUGAUGAACAUGGAUAUGUUCUUCCAUUUAAGAUUUCCAAUUUUGGAUUUAUUACAACAACUCAGUCAUUAGAUCAUGAACAACAGGAAACAUAUAGCUUCCAUGUUUUAGUCAAAGACAAUGGGACACCAUCUUUGAAUAACACAGCCAAUGUUUUUGUUGAAAUCAUGGAUGAAAAUGACAAUGCACCUUAUUUUACAUUUCCCAGUGUUAACCCUUUCAAUCUUGAUGUCCAUUACCAUCCACAGAGUAAGAGUGACAUCACAACAUUAAGAGCUUCUGAUAGAGACAGUCAUGUAAAUUCCUUCCUCAGAUACGAAAUACUUGGAGGCAACAAUAAGCAGUUGUUUAAAGUUAAUCCACACACAGGAGUUUUGUCUUUCUCUCGUACAGUUUAUCAAAAUGAUGCUGGAUCGUAUAAUCUAAAAUUAGCUAUCAAAGACAGUGGUACUCCAGUUUUAUCAGCCACCACUACACUGUCUUUGACGUUAACUGUUAGCAAUACAACAGCUAGAAUGUACACAGCUGAAGACACUGAAUCAGACAACAGAAUACAUAUCAACUUGAUGGUUAUUAUUGUCGUAGCAGCAGUGAUAGUUUCUGUUGCUAUCGUUGUGUCUAUAAUAGUAUGUGUUGUUCAUAAAAGGAGUCAGAGAAAUGUUCAUUAUGGCACAACUAAUGACUGCACUGGAGAAAGAAGACCAUCGGGUUAUGUGUGUGAACAAAUAUCACCAAAAUAUGAUGUUCCUUUUACCAUGGUAGCAGAUCAUGGCAGUAAUAAAACUUCUCAGACUACAUUAUUAAGACGAGAACCUCAUUCUGGAUACAAAUCUGACCAUAACUGGGAUGGUUCGACCUCAGGGAUACAUCUGCCUCCAAUUAAACAAGAAGCUUAUCAGGUGGCAACAGUAACAUCUGGAAUUGGUAAAGAAGAAAGACAAUGGGUUAUAGCUCCAGACCAUCUUAGUGAAAUGCCAGCGUUACCAUCCAUUACUGAUAAUCAACACAGUUGGAAUGAAGCCAGCACAGGGCUCUAUGAAACUUUACCAGGUGUCAAAUCAUGUCCAGAAGAACAGCUACUGAAGACAGAUAGGAAGUCCUUACCAUGGGUUCUCACUAGGCAAAAAGAUGUCUCAACCAAAUUUUCAAAGCUACCAACUUGUGAUAACAAAGCACCUUCUACUGAUGUCAUUGAUUUGAAAUCUUUUAGGGUAAGCAAUGCCAGUCCAUCAAAACCAUGGAAUUUACCAAGCAGAAACAGUUUUAGUACAUACGCUAAACCAUCACCAGUUGUGCAACCAAAGAUCCUACAUCCUUGACAUUUUUAUCAGGUAAUUUACCCCAUGUGUCCAUUUAUGUUCUGGUGUCAUAAUAACAAAAUGAAUAAAUAAAAUUAAAUUAAAUUAAAUUAAAAACAAUGACACCAAUGCAUUCCUGGAAAGGUAGUAGAUUCCAGAAAAAACAAACUAACUUAUAAAUAAAUUAGUGCAGCACAUUUUUAAAAAAUAUGUUUGUCAUUUGUCAUUCAAAGAAUGAAACAACAGAUUGUGAACUUGCAAAACCUACCUUGACUGCACUGGUGCUAAUAGGACUGUACAUAUUACAAAUAUUAGGUAUAAUAAUGGUUUGCCAUAUUCAUUGAUGCAAGGGUCAGUUUGUUUGUUUAUUUAUUAAUUUAUUUUUACGAGAAGGUUAUAGUUAAUUAUUUUUUUCACCAGUAUAUUACUGCUAUUUAUUUCAUCAAGCAUGGAAGGUAGAAAACUGAAGUCAACACUAGAGGGACAAAGCUACAAAGCUAAAUAUUAUAAUGCAUUUACUUGAUGCCCUUUCACUUAUGCACAUUCCAACUUUUCUGAUAAUCUCUACUACUGCUGCUGCCACUUCUACAAAUAAUAAUAAUAAUAAUAAUAAUGAUGAUGAUGAUGAUGAUGAUGAUGAUAAUGAUGAUGAUGAUGAUGAUGAUGAUGAUAAUCCUUUCUACUGAAGGCACAAGGCCUUGAAUUUGCAGGGAGGGGACUAGUUGAUUACAUUGAGCCCCAUGUUUCACUGGCACUUAAUUUAUAAUAAUAACAACAGCAACAGCAACAACAACAACAACAACAAUAAUAAUAAUAAUAAUAAUAAUAAUAAUAAUAAUAAUAAUAUUUUCCUUAUUAACCACUAACGGUUCACACACACACAAAAAAAAAGGCAUGCACUGUCGACCUGCAGAAAAGUGCAAUCCUAUAUCCUGCCAGAAUUCAAAUUAAGAUUCUUGAGAUUUGAGAAGACAUGCUAUCAGCAAACCUCUAGACAAGGUCGCUGCAAGCUAAUAUAGCAUGUAAUAAUUUUAAUAGCAAUAACAACAAUGAUAAUAAUAAUCCUGUCUACUAAAGGCACGAGGCCUGAAAUUUGGGGAGAGGCAAGCAGUCGAUUACAUCAACCCCAGUGUUUCACUGGUACUUAAUUUAUUGACCCCAAAAAGGAUGAAAGGCAAAGUCGACCUCAGUGGAAAUUGAACUCAGAAUGUAGCAAUGGAUGAAAUACUGUUAAACAUUUCAUCCGGCAUGCUAACAAUUCUGCCAGCUCACCACCUUUAUAAUAACAAUAAUGAUAACAAUAAUUACCUUGAAGUAUGAUAUUUUCAAAUUAGAGUAUUAUACGAACUCAAAGCCUAAAAUUCUCAGACACUUAAAGCAAAGGGGUUAAUAAAUUCAUGAUCUUACCAGUUAUCAAUGGAAGCUUAGGAACUAUGAUGAAGAAUUUGAGAGAAAACCUUAGAAAACUAAACCUUAAUUUUGUAGUGGAUACAGUGCAGACUAAGCAGCAUGCUAGCAGCUUCAUUAGUAUAUCAGGCAAAAUGCUUAGCGGCUUUUUUUCCAGCUCUUUACACUCUGAGUUCAAAGCCCACUGAGGCCAACUUUGCCUCUCAUAUCUUCAGGGUUGAUAAAAUAAAGUACCAGUCAAGUACUGGGGUUGAUGUAAUUGACUUGCCCUCUCACUUUGAAAAAUUCUGGUCUUGAAUCCUGCAAUAACUGGCAUCACUUUCAGGGGAUAUGUUAUGAUCUCAGUUGCUUAUAUAUCAGGAAAACUGGGUAAUAGGCCUUACGGGUCCCAGGGUUAAAAAAAAAAAAGAAAAAAGAAAAACAGUGUAGAAUAACUGUUUACUUGAUUCUGCAAAAAUCAUUCAGAAAGCCUUUGAUAUAAAGUAAGGUCAUUUAUGAAACAACAUAAAAGGAUUUUUAUAGAAGGGACAAAAAAUAUGCUUCUUAACCUAGGCUACUGAUGGUAGUCCAAGCAGAAAGGUAAUCAAACUGGUUACAACAUAUCAUGUAACAGCAGGAUGAUUGUGAUGAUAAUGAUGAUGAUGAUAUUUAAUUGUCACAAGGGCAAAUGAUGAAGGAACAUUUCCCAAAUAAAUUACAAAAAUAGCAGGAAUUUAUUCAUAGAGCAGAAUAUGAGUAAACCUCCACCAUUUUUGUAAAUUUAUCCCUGUCUUAUCCCUUUAUUCUCACCCAUGUUCCAAAUAGCGAAAUGCUUAUUAUGAAUAUUAUUAUUAAUCUUGCUAUGGUCAAUUUUACUUUUCAUCCCUCCAGGGUCAAUAAUAUAAAGAACUAGUCAAGUACUGGGUUCAGUGGUACUGACCAGCUAUACACUCCAAACAAAUAAAAGAACUGUUAGCCUAGUGUCUACAUCAAAACUCAGUAACCUCAUCAUUAUCGGCAGCAGCAGCAGUAGAGGCAAUCAGAAAGGCAGUAACUUACAUAAACAAUAAAGCUCCAGAUUGAAUGCAUUACAAUAUUUAGUUUUACAACAAUAAUAACACACAACAAUGCCAGUUAAGACAUUGUCAGAUUACCUCUAAGAAUGGACACGGGUACAUUCAAGAUAAUAACAAUAUUAUAUUAGGGUCUGUAAAUAUGAUCAUUCUCACACAGCAUUUGUUAACCUUGAAUAUUUUUAUGCAUGUUUUCCAAGAUGUACCUAAUUCUCUUUUUUGAAAAACCAAACACAUUGAUGUAUCUCUGAAUCCAUGAACAAUAAAGAUAAAAAUUUAUAAUAAUGAUAAUAAUAACCAUUUCUAAUUUAGGUACAAGGC